GUGCCAGUAGGUAUUUAAUAAUAAUGUAAGUAAACUUAUCAGUCGCAGUGGUAAAACAUAUGAUUCAGAGAACUGUCUUGUUAUUAGUCUCGAGUAGUGUAUUAUCGAAACGAAAUGAAGCAAUUUGUGUUUUUUAUUUUGAUAGUGUCCUCGCAAGCCAUUCCGCGUCGUGUCAGCAAAACCUAUCGAAACGAUUACACUUACAACAGAAAGAGUGAUGCGUUCUACAAGCUGCAUAUUGAGGCUACCGAUCAGCAGAAAGCGAGCCGGGUGUGCCAAGAGGAAGGCGCCGUGCUCAUGAUCCCUACCUCACACAUCGACAUAGUUCAGUUUCACGAGAUGUACAAACAGUUCCCGGACCUCGACAACUAUGUGUGGGUGGGUGACGAUAAGGCACAACAUGAAUCCGCUGAAGAACAAGCUAUAAUUGUUUAUGACGAAGAAGAAACCACACGUUAUAGUCCGCCGUGGAUCCGCGAUUGCAACGUUGUGACUCGACAUGGGGACGUAGAAAAAUACACAUGUACCAAUAGCCUGCCAUUUAUAUGUAAAGUGGACGCGAAUCAAGCACCGUACGACGAUGCUUGUGGUGUAUAUGGAUUUGGCUAUGAAUAUGUAUCAAAUAUUGGAAGCUGUUACAAGAUCCCAAGGCUGGCCUAUUCCUGGAAUCAGGCGUAUGCCGAGUGUCGUUCCCAAGGCGCCCACCUUGUGGUCCUCAAUUCUAAGGCGGAACACGACGCCGUUUUGCAGAUAAUGAAAAAAACGCGUCUCCUGCCCGAUUCUUACAUGCCAUACUACUACAUCGCUGGCUACAGGGCCGCUGUAUCCACUGAUGGAUCGCCAAGAGUAUUUAAAACAAUUUUCAAUCAAACAAUAGCAGAAGCCGGUUACUCCAAAUGGGCAGACACGGAGCCCAACAACGUUGGAGGAAAUGAAAACUGUGGCUCGUUAUUUGAAGGCGACGGUAACCUGAAUGAUCAGGAAUGCGCGAAGAGAUACGGCUUUAUAUGUGAAAAGGAGAAAAACUCGUAGUUUUAAUUGUUAUUAUUUUAACGUACGUACCUAUUAUUAAUAAAUUUAUAAAGUUUGAUGUUAAACAAUUCGAAUAUAAUUAUAUUUAAUUGUAUAUAUUUCAAAUAUAAAUAAGUAUACAUUUUUCUUUAUAUUAUCAUUGAAGUAUUUGUAAAUUUUGAAAAAAGAAAUUGACGCCAUAGAUAAAAUUAUUUUUUUAAUAAAACCUACAACUUCUUAUAAUUUACCCAGACUAUUACUUUUAGAAUUAAAAAAAAAAAAAUAAAAAAACUACUACUCCUCUUUAAACAUCAAUUAAGUGUUAUUUGGCAAGUAAAUGUUCACAAAAAAACUCGAUUGCACGUUCGACCAACGACAAAUUUAUCACUAUUAACAAGUAUAAGUUUUUUAUGUUUACAAAAAUACAAAUAUAUUUUUCAAUUAUCAUUAUUUA